AUGAAUGAAGCAGCGCGGCUUUUCAAGUGGAAAUGUUUGGUGAUGUUACUGCUCUUGCAUUUCGACAAAAUGUGACACGUAGGCCUAAUGGAGUUUCCAUGCACAAAUGGAUACUGAUUCAACACCACAGUGAUUUGUAUGCUGGGGCGAAAGGACAACGUUGGAUUGGAGGCAGAAAAACAGCCGCUCGCCAUCCCUGUUCACUCUGAUGAAAGAUGAGCAACGAGAAGGCGGGGAGGGGGAUGGAGUGAUGAGACAUAAGAAGAGUGAAGAGAAGAGAGACCUGCUUGGUAUUCACCUGUCUCUCUGGAUCAAUAAAGAGCUUCGUCCAUAAACACUGAUGGCGAACAGAAAGUCUGCAGUCAGCUCCUUCACCACAGGAGGAGAGAGACAGCAAUGAUUUCCAUGGAGACGGUGGAAGACAGAGAGCGAGAGAAGGUGAGUUGAGCAUGAUUCCAGUUAGGCCGAAUACUUCCUCCUACAGCUGUAUAUAUAAGGAGACAGGAGAGCACUUCAUACACCAAACUGUUCCACUGAGAGGUCCUGCUGUUGUGUAGAUCCUCUGCAACCAUGAUAAAAUUGUUAUGUGUUGCCAUUGUUGCAGGGUUGUUCUGGGAAAGCCACCAGCAGAAGCCCGGUAAAGUCUUCCUUCCAGUGAAGCCCGAUAAAGUCUUCCUUCCAGUGAUGCCCGAAUGCUGGACUGACUGGUUUGACAGAGAUAACCCCUCUGGAUCUGGAGACUGGGAAAUCUUAUCCCAUCUUUACAAAGAGAACCCGGGCAAGAUCUGCUCUAAACCGCAGGAUAUCGAGACCACGACUCUCUCUGGACUCAGUGUGGCUGCGGCAGGGGAGGUCAUUUUUAAAAAUGACGUCACUUCAGGAUUCAUCUGCAGGAACAAUGAUCAACCCAAUAAGAAGAUGUGCAGUGACUACCGUGUUCGUUUCAGCUGCCAUCCCCCAUUCUGUGGUGGAGGAGUGUGCUGGACCAAGUGGUAUGACCGUGACAAUCCCAGUGGCACAGGGGACUGGGAGCUUUUGUAUAACCUGAGAAUUGCUUACCCAGGACAAAUCUGUGACUACCCUCUGUCCAUUGAGGUUGUUACCACUGACACAAUGACCCCAGCCAUUUCAGCAGGGCAGAACUUCCAUAUCUUCAAUCCGACCCACGGAUUUGUUUGCCGCAACCAGGACCAGAAAUCAGGCAUGUGCCGUGACUACAAAGUUCGCUUUGGGUGCCCAUGCAAGAAUUAAGCUGCAACUCCACAGCAAACAUCCAACAAGGAUAUGAAGCUUUGUUUGCUUUAAAUGUUGUCCUUUUUUCUUUACCUUUCUAUUUCAUGUCUUACUUUACCUGACGAAAGAAGUUCAAUAGGCCGACAUGUUGACUUGUAGCAGGAACAGGACCGUGAAGCUUUAUCAGCUGAUUAAGACUGAGCUUUAGUUCGGAGUAUGUGUUACGCCUGUACUUUUACCAACAUGUCUUCUGUGGUAACAAUGCUUCAUGUGC